AGGGCGUUUCCGGAGCGCGCGCCGGGAGACGGCGGCUGACGUCGAGCUCAGGUGCGCGCGCCCGCCCGCCCGCGCGCGCGCGGCCCAGGUGGUGGCCCGCAGGUUCUAGGCGGCGGUGAGGUGCGACUGAACGUACCGCGGAGAACUGUCACCGCAGGGCCGCGGCGAGAGGAUCAGAGUCCGCGCUUCGCUGGCAGCCGUGCCCGCUGCGCCCGAGGGGAUGGAGGGCCGCCCUGGAGGCCGCAGCGCGGCUCGUGACCCCACGCUGGCUGGCCGCCUCUAGCUGCUUGGGUUGUGCGUUUUAUCCACCACCGCCUAGGCCUUCUCUGUUGAUUCGGUGGCGUCGUGAUUGGGAAAAAAAAUGGAAGAAAAGGAGCGAUGUGACCUAUUCUGAUCGGUCCUCCUGCAUUGAGGCCUGGUUGGCAUUUGCUGAGAGAAAGACACAGCCAGGAAAUCGUGUCUUUCAGGAGGAGGGUGAAGAGCAACAAAGUCUUAUGCUUUACAUGAUUUUUUAAAAACCCUGCACUUUUAACGGUGAUGGUGAUAUAAACUAGUCCAAAAGUUAUUUUCCUAUUGACAAGAGAAAAGAGUUGGAUUUUUCUUUUUCCUUUUUCAAUUCCAGCCUUUUUUCCCAGUGACAAAGCGUCAAUCAUGGACACCAGAGAAUAAGGUGAAUCUCAGGAAUCCUGAAAAGACUGAGAAGCUUCUGUCUUCCUCAGGAAGGAAGAGUGGGGUGUUUUCAGCCCUCUCUGGAACCUAAAACAAAAAAACAUGAGUUGUGUGCCAUGGAAAGGAGACAAAGCCAAAUCUGAAUCCUUGGAGCUGCCCCAGGCAGCGCCCCCACAAAUCUACCAUGAGAAACAGCGCAGGGAACUGUGCGCCCUCCACGCCCUCAAUAAUGUCUUCCAGGACAGCAAUGCCUUCACACGGGAAACGCUGCAAGAGAUUUUCCAGAGGUUGUCUCCAAACACCAUGGUGACGCCACACAAGAAGAGCAUGCUGGGAAAUGGGAACUACGAUGUGAAUGUCAUUAUGGCAGCACUUCAGACCAAAGGCUACGAAGCUGUUUGGUGGGACAAGCGCAGGGAUGUUGGUGUCAUUGCUCUCACUAAUGUCAUGGGCUUCAUCAUGAAUCUGCCCUCCAGCCUGUGCUGGGGACCACUCAAGCUGCCUCUCAAAAGGCAGCAUUGGAUCUGCGUCCGAGAGGUGGGCGGAGCCUACUACAACCUUGACUCCAAACUCAAGAUACCCGAGUGGAUUGGAGGCGAGAGCGAGCUCAGGAAAUUUCUAAAACAUCAUUUGCGAGGAAAGAACUGUGAACUCCUGCUGGUGGUACCAGAAGAGGUGGAAGCCCAUCAGAGCUGGAGGGCUGAUGUGUAACAGUUCUGCCCCGUGUGCCCCUUGCCCCGCCCUCCAGGCCUCUGUCAUAUGCUGUGGCCUCUACAGUGGAUCUGCCCUGGCCACUUCCCCAAACAUCUCAUUGGGUUCCCCUCAUGAUCUGCCAGUGCAGUAGGACAGAUGUGUGGACUGACACAAGAACCACCCGCUGUCUAUGCCUGGGGCAGAAAGGGAGGGACCGACACCAAGGGCCAGCCGAUGUGAGCCUUGCUUGUUAGAGAAGGUGGGUCCCAGAUGUGUGCCCCUCUCUGAGGACCUGACAGGUUCUGCUGGAGUCACUGCUGCUGCUCCAGGCUCCCAGAGAUGCUAUCCCCACCUCCUUCUGCUGUGGCACCAGGUCUAAGAACACAGUACCUGCAAAACCCAGCGACUGCCUCCAAGGACACAGUGUCUCUCAGGAAAUCGUCUCCCAGACCCCAGCAGUGGUACCAUGUGCCGGGCUGUCUGUAACCCUUACCACCCCACUUUUACAGGAGGUUUAUGGCCAGGCUUGAGCUUUAUAAUGAAAAGUUCUUUAAUACUCCAAGCCAGGUGGCUAAAUCCCACAAUCUUCUAGCAAGACAAGGGUGAGAUAAUUGCUAAGAGGAUACAGUAGAAACCAAACUGGGACGGCCAUGAGGUGACAUUCUUCACUCGUUUUGUCCCUAUCAUUUCGCUACAUUGAUUUAGGAAGUUCUGGGACAAAUGUCAAGGAAAAUCCUCAAGUCCAGUGGUUACAUGCACUGUUACAGGACCUAGGUCUGUCAUCUCCCUGUAGUUCCCCUUACAGAUCACCAGACUGACCCAUCCCCUACCUCUCAAAAUAGUUGUAGGCUAUGUUUCUCCUGUAACUUUGGAAAACAAAAGAGGAGAAAAAGUCAGUUACACCACAUGUAUCACCAAAGCGGCUGUAGUUGUUUCGGGACAGGUAGGUGGGCAGGGUAACCCAGCCAGCCCUUCCAGAUCCAUGGUCUUGGUGGGUCUGAGGGCAGCCUCGCUGGCUGGACUCUUUUCCAGCAGCAGAGCCAGCCUGGGGCUUGCAUGUCAAUCCUCAGCAAGCUUCACAGAGGAGCCAAGGUCUGCUCCCCACUCUGACUGGAGUGCAUGUUUACACCAGCACUUUUUCUGCACAUGUAUCUUUAACAAGGCCGUUUUUUACACCGAGUAACAAGAGCCCCCAAGUGGCGACUGCAUUAUGCCCUCUUAGCAACUGGCCAUGGUCUCUUCUGCACCAUUUUCUACACCAGACCGGCUUGGCACCACAGGGAGCUCUCUACCCCUGCACAAUGACAUUCCAGUUACACCAGCCAGGAAGUUACAGCAAACUCUGCUAAUUGUCACAAGCAGGACCAUGGGUCCAUUGGCACUGUCGGUGAUAGUAAGCCAUUUCCAGGGAGGACACUCCUCCCCACAAACUGCUUGGGGCUGUGCAGAUGGCACUUGAGUGGAGUCCAUGCACAUGUGGUACACAGGUCGAUGGAGUAUGCAGAGAUGUUUCAGCAUUUCAGGGCUGGUUUCUCUGUUCACAUCCGAUUCUGGUGCUUAGGAACAGGGACCCGUGCUGAUGCCCAAGGGCAGAGAGCCCACUCCUUUGAGGAAGGGAGCAGGCCUGACCCUGAUGCCCACUAAAGGGCAACCCCAGGCUUUUUCUUGCUUUUGUUCCUUUUGUUGUUGUUGGCCUUGUGCUGGGUUUGUUUACAAAAGAUGUAUUUUGUUUAACCAAAUAUUAAAAUGGAAAACUCCAUACCUGAA